AUGUCAGACCAGCCACGACGUCCACGGCGUCUCAAGGUGGCGCUGGCCUGCGAACCCUGUCGGGAACGCAAGGCUCGCUGUGAUGGAGUCAAGCCACUCUGCUCCACGUGCCGUCGUCUGGCAUUAGGUCUUGAGCAGUGCAUCUACAAGGUGGACAAUGCGCGCACAGCAUGUAUUGAUGACUACACAAAAUCUCUCCACGAACGAAUCCGUGUAUUGGAGGAGACUUGCUCGAGGCAUGGCAUAGACCCUGAAUCUGGUUCAACUGCAGACAAUGUAGAGAGCGGCCCAUCAGAAAGCCAGGCGAACCUAGACGCCUUGGUCAUGGGAACCUCACAAGCGCAUAUUCUGACACCCCUGUCGUCCGCUGCGACUGAAGGCAUUGAGACUUCGAGCAAGGGCUCAUACUUUGAGCGAGUGUUUUACCUAUACCCAGUCUUUGAUAGGGACUCCUUUGAGAGCGCAUAUCAAUCUUUAUGGACACCAGGUGGGCAACACCAGGGUCACCCGGACUCAAGCCUAGAUAUAGGUCUCGGGGGACGUGGCGGAGGCGCAACAACCAUUGCGUUUCAUUCUUCACUCAAUUGUAUUUUUGCGCUGGGAAGUGCCGUUUCCGAUCUAUCUACAUCAGCUAAACUGACCGCCUAUGAUGUCUUCUUCUCACGGUCCAAACAAAACAUUAGCCUGGAUUUAGUCGACAUGAACAACAUCAGUGUUGUUCAAACAAUGUUAUUGGUGGCUCUCACUUUACAAGGGACGCCGUUCCCUGAUCGAUGUUGGAACGCAGUUGGUAUGGCCUGCCGCAUAGCCCAAAGUCUAGGUUUGCACAGUAUGCCAAAGUUCGACCCUCAAGAGUCCCGAGUGUGGAAGAUUCGGCGCCGCACAUGGCAUGGAUGUAUUGUACUUGAUACGGUUGUGAGCAUGAACUUUGGGAGGCCUACGAUGUUGACCAGCCUCUCUUCACUGGUCGUACCGCCCCCUGUGGAGUUCGAUCCAGAAGCAUGUGAAGAUAUGAAGAUGCAAUUUCAAAACGAAAAUGUCCGUUUGAGCAUCAUAUUGGAAAGGAUCCUGUCAAAUGUGUACCAGCCCUGGCAGAGUACAGUCUUCCAUGACCACCAUCCCGCAGCACAGCCGGAUAUGGCUUGUGAAAGCAUGGAUACUUUUGUCGAUCUCGAUGGACGAUUGAGUGCGUUUGAGACAUCAGUGCCCGCAUUUCUAGCGUGGAAAGCAGCCACAACAAUGGAAUUUCACACUGGAGACACAGGCAAGCUUUUUGCCAUGCAAAGAAAUAUCCUUCACGCGCGAUUUAUUUACGUGAGACUGAUGCUCUAUCGGCUCAUUUUGACGAGGUUGCUAGCAUCCGAGAUCUCAGGCAAAUUGAAUAACGGUUUACAAGCCUCCUUCAACAGAGAUGGGGCGAGAGCCUGUGUAAACUCAGCUAUAUCGCUGAUCACUCUGGUUCGGGACACCUUCUCCACUGAUCAUACAGGUGCCUGGUGA